AUGUUAGACGAUCAUGAGGUUGAAAGUUUUCUAGCCUGUAGUUCCAGUCAGAUGGACGUCGAAUCUCAUAAAAACGUAUUUGUUAUCCAAAAGUGUCGCGUUUGCCUUAGGUGGCGGCGUGAAGAUGAAACGAACACGCAAUUUAUGACAGCGUUACGCGGGUUAGCCGGUUUAUGCGAAUUUGGAGGAAAUCUAAAUGAACGUUUAAGAGACCAACUAGUAAUCGGCGUUAAUAAUGCAGAAUGGCAACAAGAAAUUAUUCUCAAUUAUACCACCAAUCAAGCUUCUCUAAAAAACGUAGACACAUGCCUUACAGUUAAAACAAGCGUCAAUUCACAGUGCAAUUUAUGGGCAACUGCUUGUGGUCGGAGUGAUCUAAUAAAUAGCAAUAGUGGACAUUUAAAUAAAACUCGUCGCAUUUGUAGUGAUCAUUUUGAAGACUUUAUGUUUACAAACUCAGAAAAAAGAGACUAUUGGUAUCAGCUUUACCAAGAAAUUAUAAAAUAUUACAUCCUUCUGAAUUUCUAUCAACUCCAUAAACAAGUUCUGCGAGUUGUAAAAGAGAAAUUGAAGAUAUACAAUGAAAGACAUACAGCUGAAACCGAACGAGUUUUGACCGAGUGGAAUGUAUACGACAAAGUGGCAGCUUUGGUAACAGAUAACGAUGCAAAUAUGUCCGCAACAGCUCGAUUAGGAGGGUGGAAACACUUGUCCUGUUUCGCACACUCAAUUAAUUUAGUCGUUCAUUAUGAAUUAAAAGAAAUCAGCGAGACUCUUGUAAAAGCAAAGUCAAUAGUGGAAUUUUUCAAAAGAAGCCCCCAGUCUGCAGCAACAUUAAGGUUAAUUGAAUCUCAAAUGAGCUACGAUGAAAUUAACGUUAAGCAAGAUAUGCCAGCAAUGUUGUAUGUUGCCUAA